CGUCAAAUCACAUGUCUCAACCUCUGAAGUCCUGACUGAAUGUUUAUAUUUCAAUGAUACGUGUGCUGAUAGGUACAAUUAUAUUUUCAUAAAUAUUAUGCAAUGAUUAUUGAUAAGUGUGCUGUCUUGUACGACGAGCAGAACUAGCUUCCAUUAAACCGAAUGUUUAGUAUGACUAAAGUGUCUCUACACUGUAAGUUUAUUGGGUGGCUAUUUGUGAGACACACAUCUACGGGUCGCCUACAAAGCAUCGCAUGCAGUGAACAUCGUUUUCCCCGGACUAUUUUCCAGUUUCUGCGGACAAUGUCUACGAACACAACAGACAACCAAAAUUGGGGACCAAAGAAACCCAGAGUACCCAAAGAAACAUUGCGACAUGUGAAGUCUAGAGAACAGAGGAAACGUGGAGUGGAUGUGCAUGGACCAGCCACUGUCUACGCGCAGGUCGUCGGGGCAGGGAGCCGAGAUAAUGGCGCAUCACUUUAUGUCUUCUCUGAGUUCAAUAGGUAACUAAACCUGAGAACAUGAGUGUCUGACAAUUUGUUGUAACGUUGCCAAAUAUAUUUGUAUAGUGGGUAUCAGAAAGGCACUUGGCUGCAGCAUAUUUGUUUACCCUUUUUCCUCUCUGGAAGGUACCUAUUCAACUGUGGUGAGGGAACACAGAGGCUGAUGCAAGAGCACAAGUAAGUUGAAUUGCCUCCUGUCAAUGUUCCACUAAAAUCCAUCAUUCAGUCUCAGCUCAAUAAAUCUCAACAAUGUUCCUCUUGUCAGGUUAAAAGCUGCUCGCUUGGACAAUAUUUUCCUCACUAGAAUGAGUUGGGAGAAUGUUGGUGGUCUAUCAGGUAAGUUGCUUGUUAUUCUAUCCACUUUACAUCAAGUCAGUCAUCUGUCAACCUGGAAACAACUGUGCAUAGAUAAUAGACAUAGAUCAAAGCUUAUUAGCCGAUGUCUCCAUGUACAGUCAUGUGAAAAAGUAAGUACACCAUGGAAAGUGGUCUUUAUUUUUAUUUUUUACAUAUUUGGACACAGAUAUUUGAGCUAAAUUCCAACCACAUUCAUUGAUAAAGGUAACCCAAUUUAACAAAUCAAGUUAUUUUACACUGCAUGAGUCAACACAUCCACUCCAUUUUUUUUUUACAUUUCAAUUUCCUUAUGCAGAAAAAGUUAGUACACCCCUACCAUCACAUAAAAUGGCUAAAAUUAGAAUCAGGUACACCAAAGCAGGUGCAAAUCAUUAGAGAGUAACCUGGGAGGGUCCAGCCUUCCAUAAAGAUUAGAAACUUGGUCUGGUUUGGCCUUAACCAUAUGGGUGUGUGGUAAAACAUCAUGCCAAGAUCAAAAGGCCUAUUCGAGGCCCUCAGAAGAAAUAUUAUUGAUGCCCAUGAGUCUGGGAGGGGUUACAAAUCCAAUUCCAAGCAAUUCGAAGUACAUCAUUCCACUGUCCGACGGAUCAUCUACAAAUGGAGAAAAUUCCAGACCACUGGCAAUCUACCUAGGACAGGUUGUCCCUCCAAAAUCAGCCCAAGAGCCGACUGAAAGAUGCUCACAGAAGUCUCUAUGAACCAGGGUAACAUCAAUGGGUCUACAGGCCACUCUUGCCACAAUCAAUGUCGAAGUGCAUGAGUCAACUGUCAGAAAGAGACUGCACAAACUUGGCCUACAUGGAAGGUCAGGAAGGAAGAAGCCUCUGCUCUCAAAAAAGAAUAUCAAGACACGACUGACGUUUGCCAGACAACACCUGGGUAAAGACCAAAACUACUGGAACAAUGUGCUCUGGACAGAUGAGUCAAAGGUAGAGUUGUUUGGCCGCAAUGCCAGACACCAUGUUUGGCUAAAACGAAACACUGCCUUUGAACAGAAGAACCUCAUACCAACCGUAAAGCCUCAGUGCCUAGCCAAUUUGCCAUUAUUGAGUCAACCAUGAAUUCAAUAUUGUACCAGAGAAUUCUUGAGGAGAAUGUGAGGCCAUCUGUCAAAAAGCUGAAGCUAAACUGAACAUGGAUCUUGCAACAGGACAAUGAUCCAAAACACACAAGCAAAGCUUCAACAGAAUGGCUCAAAAAUAAGAAAUGGAGGGUUAUGGAAUGGCAGAGUCAAAGCCCAGAUCUCAAUCCUGUCAAAAUGCAGUGGGGGGACUUGAAGCGGGCUGUGCAUGCAAGAAAGCCCUCGAACAUGACACAGUUGAAGCAGUACUGUAAAGAAGAGUGGGCAAAAAUUCCUCCUCCCAGUCGAUGUAAGAGACUGAUAGACAGUUACAAGAAACGGCUACUAGUUAUUUCAGCCAAAUUGGGGUCAAUUGAAGCUAGGGGUGUACUUAUUUUUUCUGCACUAUGAAAUUGCAUUUCUGUUGAUUUUUGAUGAAUAAAUGAUUGCAAAGUAUAAUCUUUCAGUGUCAUUUGUUAAAUUAGGUUACCUUUAUCUGUCAAUAGUGUUGAAGUGAAGAUUAAAUAUCCAUCUGUCCAAAUAUGUACAAAAUAAAAGGCCACUUUCCAGGGGGUGUACUUACUUUUUCACAUGACUGUAGAUAUACAUAGGUCAAAGCUUAUUGCAUGAUUAGCCUAUGUCUCCGCGUAUGUCCUUAGGUGUGGUAAACUGUGUACUCUCUGGUUUAGGGAUGAUAUUGACACUGAAAGACACUGGUGUCCCUGAGGUUGUUCUCUCUGGACCACCACAACUGGUGAGUGGACAUUGUAGCAGUAUAAAAUAUUGUCUGUAAUAAGUCAAUUGUUUUUGUGGUAUCCUGAGUCUAUUUUCCUCAUAGGUACACGUCAGCUAUGACAGACAAAAUGAGAAAAAAAAUCCAGAAAAUCACAUUGUAGGAUUUUUAAUGAAUUUAUUUGCAAAUGAUGGUGGAAAAUAAGUAUUUGGUCAAUAACAAAAGUUUCUCAAUACUUUGUUAUAUACCCUUUGUUGGCAAUGACACAGGUCAAAUGUUUUCUGUAAGUCUUCACAAGGUUUUCAUACACUGUUGCUGGUAUUUUGGCCCAUUCCUCCAUGCAGAUCUCCUCUAGAGCAGUGAUGUUUGGGUUGUCGCUGGGCAACACGGACUUUCAACUCCCUCCAAAGAUUUUCUAUGGGGUUGAGAUCUGGAGACUGGCUAGGCCACUCCAGGACCUUGAAAUGCUUCUUACGAAGCCACUCCUUCGUUGCCCGGGCGGGGUGUGUUUGGGAUCAUUGUCAUGCUGAAAGACCCAGCCACGUUUCAUCUCAAUGCCCUUGCUGAUGGAAGGAGGUUUUCACUCCAAAUCUCACGAUACAUGGCCCCAUUCAUUCUUUCCUUUACACGGAUCAGUCGUCCUGGUCCCUUUGCAGAAAAACAGCCCCAAAGCAUGAUGUUUCCACCCCCAUGCUUCACAGUAGGUAUGGUGUUCUUUGGAUGCAACUCAGCAUUCUUUGUCCUCCAAACACGGCGAGUUGAGUUUUUACCAAAAAGUUCUAUUUUGGUUUCAUCUGACCAUAUGACAUUCUCCCAAUCCUCUUCUGGAUCAUCCAAAUGCACUCUAGCAAACUUCAGACGGGCCUGGACAUGUACUGGCUUAAGCAGGGGGACACGUCUGGCACUGCAGAAUUUGAGUCCCUGGCGGCGUAGUGUGUUACUGAUGGUAGGCUUUGUUACUUUGGUCCCAGCUCUCUGCAGGUCAUUCACUAGGUCCCCCCGUGUGGUUCUGGGAUUUUUGCUCACCGUUCUUGUGAUCAUUUUGACCCCACGGGGUGAGAUCUUGCGCGGAGCCCCAGAUCGAGGGAGAUUAUCAGUGGUCUUGUAUGUCUUCCAUUUCCUAAUAAUUGCUCCCACAGUUGAUUUCUUCAAACCAAGCUGCUUACCUAUUGCAGAUUCAGUCUUCCCAGCCUGGUGCAUGUCUACAAUUUUGUUUCUGGUGUCCUUUGACAGCUCUUUGGUCUUGGCCAUAGUGGAGUUUGGAGUGUGACUGUUUGAGGUUGUGUACAGGUGUCUUUUAUACUGAUAACAAGUUCAAACAGGUGCCAUUAAUACAGGUAACGAGUGGAGGACAGAGGAGCCUCUUAAAGAAGAAGUUACAGGUCUGUGAGAGACAGAAAUCUUGCUUGUUUGUAGGUGACCAAAUACUUAUUUUCCACCAUAAUUUGCAAAUAAAUUCAUUAAAAUUCCUACAAUGUGAUUUUCAGGAUUUUUUCUCCUCAAUUUGUCUGUCAUAGUUGACGUGUACCUAUGAUGAAAAUUACAGGCCUCUCAUCUUUUUAAGUGGGAGAACUUGCACAAUUGGUGGCUGACUAAAUACAUUUUUUUCCCACUGUAUGUCAUUGCCUCCUCUUGAUCUAGGAGAAAUAUGUGAAUGCCAUCAGAGUAUUUUCUGGACCACUGGAAGAAAUCAAGCUAGCUGUUCGACCAUACACUGAGAAACAAUACACAGAUGACACAAUGACAGUUAGUCAAAUACCAAUAUUUGGUGAGUACUAGAAAACCCCUUUGUAUUUGAGUAAUUGACUGUUACUCAUACUCUUUAUCUUAAAGCAUAUUAGUUUAUGACGGGUAAAAUAGUGAAUAUUUGUGUUCUCAUGCUGAAGAGUUGGUAGUUGACACUCUCUUAACACCAAUUGUACCAGCCCAGCUCAGAGAGGACGGGCCAAAGUGCUCCCCUAACUCAGGGAGGAGCAGCCCCUCCAGUAGUCCCCAGAGGAGGGAGCUGUGGCGGCCAGAGGACUCUGAGGACACCAGCACAGACAGCAGGAGGGAGAGAGCAACCAGCCCAGGUAAGACUAGGAGCAUGUAGGCUCGGAAGCCCAGGCUUCUCACGCUCUGACUGUUAUAAAGCCUGAGGAAGUUCUCAUGAAGACGAUAAAAAGGGGUGAAGUACGGUGGAGUCUAGAUGGAAACUAGUGACACUUAUCAAACCAAUCAAGUAUUUCGCAAGGAUGGAGCUCCAAACAGGUUGUGUUUCUGACUUGCAAAAAGCUAGCUAGCAUAAAAUACAAAACAGUAACGCCCCAUAGGCUGCUAAAACUUUGUACGACACAGUAGGAAAAGAGAUAUGGACGAACAAACAAGGAAAAAUAAAAAAUAAACACAAGGAAAUGCCUCUCCUAAAUGAAAAUAUAAUUUAUACUCUGAGCCAAUCAAAUGCAGGUGUUAACCCAGCCAGCGCUCCUGUUCAAACGCAAAAUUCAAUACUAAAGUUAUACAGACUUCCAAUAGUCAAGUCAACGGGAAGAGAUUGGGAAGGAUGACCCACGAGACUAAAGGAGCAUGCAGCGCUAUCAGGGGCAUCGCUGCCCAAGUUCAAGGAUGUUGAGCUCCAAAGAGAACCAUUUCUCACAUUGCAUUUUCCUCUCAGGUGGAAAAGCAAGAGCAACAAGGGAUCCGUCUUUAGUUGUGGCAUUCAUUUGUAAGGUAAGAAACACAAUCUCAUUGUCUCCGUGACAUACUGAAUGAUUGCAUUUUGUCACAUUUUAUCCUUGACUUGCAGCUUCAUCCUAAGAAGGGGAAUUUCUUGGUUGCUCAAGCAAAAGACCUUGGAUUACCAGUGUAAGUUGAUAUUUCAAUACAAAUUCAGUUUUGCCUGCUCAACAAACUUGUGCCGAUAAUUAUUUUUUUCAUUCACUUUCUCCACAGAGGCACUGCAGCUAUUGGUCCUCUCAUUGCAGCUCUGAAGGAUGGGAAAAGUGUGACCUACGAAGGAAGAGAGGUACUUCAAAUAUAUUUGGUUGAUUGUUAGGGCUCUGGAAUUUUGGAUUAGCUAUUGUAAAUGUUAGAUACAUUUCAUCUUGUUGUCUGAAGAUAUCCUGAUGGUUGUCCUACAGAUCCAUCCUGAAGAGGUGUGCACUCCCACUGAUCCAGGACCAGCCUUCAUUGUUGUGGAGUGUCCCUCUGAGGAGUUUGUUCAACCAAUCUGCAUCAAUCAGCAGCUGAGCAGGUAAUGGCCUGAGCGAAGUUGGCCAAAUGUGUCCGAAGUCUGCUUCUGCAUCCUGCGUUAUUACUCCUCAGGCCUUCUUUAGGAGAUAGUAGUUAGUUAAGUUCUGAGUUAUUUGUCUCAUCUGCAGAUACCAAAGUGGAGGAACAGAGGACCCUGCUGCCUUAGUGGUCCACAUGACCCCAGAGUCUGUGCUGAAAACAGAUGAAUACAAGCAAUGGAUGGAAAGGUACAAAAUCAGCCAUAUGUAAUACUCAGUUUCAGACUGUUUACAUAUUCCAUAUUCUGCUAUUGUCUUCUCUCUGUGUUUUAUGUUGGUCUUUCUACAUGUUUAAUGUUUUUGUGUGGUUUUGUAUUUUAGGUUUCCAUCCACCACUGAGCACCUGAUCCUGAAUGAACAAGUUUGCACUGUUCACAACGUUAGGAGCCACAAGAUUCAGACUCAGCUCAAUCUGAUUCAUCCAGAGAUAUUUCCAGAGCUCAAGCACUAUAAAACAAAGGUAAGUUGUGAAGUGCUAGAACUUUAAUUAUUCACCAUUGUAACCUGCUGCUACACAGAGAUAAGCGUGUUCAUUUGGAAACCUUUUGUAGCUUGCAUUGUGUUGUGCUAAUCUGUUUCUACUCUUGUUUUUGUAAAACUUCUGACUGUUGUUGUUCUUCUCAAGGAGACCCAGGCUGCCCUGCAUGUCCCCAAUGUCAGAGCCGAGUGUCUGCUGAAGUUCCAACUCAGACCCAAGAUUGAAUGGCAAAGGUGAGUCUGUCCUUCAGGCCACAAUUUAUCAGACAUUAGUCUGCACUUACAAAGGGCUGCUUUGUCAAAGAAAACCAUUUCAGAUGAAACACUACUUUCAAGCAUGGCUUACUGUUUCUUCUCUGAUCUUGUAAAUGCCAAAACAGUCAAAGUCAAAUGAGAGCGUCCCUGCCCCUCUCAGCAGUAUGUGAUGAGUGGUGUGUGUGUUCUACUGUUCUUAUUCAUUAGAGAUGCAAUCCCCUCUUGUGACACUGAAGAGUUUGUGAAAGAGGCUGCGGAGGCCCCUAACUUCCUCCAAGAAGUGGAGGAGUGCAAGCGGUUCCGUGCGACUGAUGCUGCAGUGCUGUCUGGUGAGCCCUGCUCUGGGACAGGUCAGGCUAGAAGCCCAGGAGGAGAUGUUACAAGGCUCAGUCCAACAAAGCUCCAUCGAUUUCUCUUUACUCCUCUUGAGUGGAGUUGCAAACAUUUCACACUGGGCAUUUAAAAAAGUAACUGAGUUUAGUUUCCUGUAGUAUUUUUGUCUUAUAGAGUAUCAUAGUUUUACAUCUCAAAUUUCAGUGGCAUAGAAAAAUGAUGUUGUACAGUAUGAUAAUGUGUUGUUUCUUGCAGGGCGGGCAGAAAAAUACCCAGAGGUGGUCUUUUUAGGAACUGGAUCGGCUCUUCCAAUGAAGAUCAGGAAUGUCAGUGGCAACUUGGUCAACAUUAGGUAAUGGCCCUCAGUUAGGCUCAUAUAAAAAUAAAAUAAUUCCCUUAAAGAUAUUUCUGUGUGAGGUAGCCAGUAUAACUGUCUGUCUGUCUCUCUGUGUUUAUGAUAUAUCCCAUCUCCUUCAGUGCCACUCAGUCAGUGCUGCUGGACUGUGGAGAGGGCACCUUUGGCCAGCUGUGCCGACACUAUGGGGACAGUGUGGACGAGACUCUUGCAAAGAUCUCAACAGUCUUCAUCUCUCACAUGCACGCGGACCAUCACACAGUAAGGGUUAUUUUUCCCAGAAAUAUAUGUUUAUUAUAGAGUUAUAGCAUAUAUUCUGGCAUACAUUUUAUUUCCAAAGAAUUUAAAAAUAAUUUCACUUUAUUUUCCAGGGAUUGUUGAGUUUGCUGUUUCAAAGGGAGAGAGCCUUGGUCAGUAAAGAGUUUCCCUUUUUCAGAUUUUAAGAUGAGUCAUGCAAAAUGGAAUAUAUGUCCUUAUCUCUUUACUGUUCAGACAACUCUUGGGAAAGCCUUCAGCCCCAUCUAUCUGGUAGCCCCUGUCCAGAUGAUGACCUGGCUCAACCAGUACCAUGACCACUGUGAGGAGAUCCUCAGCCAUGUCAAGUAUGUCAGGAAAGACACGUCUUACUCUAUUGAAUUGAUGCUUUCAGACCUGAUAUGAUGUCCAUCGUCUCUAAUAUUGAUGUAUUCUUUACUAUGUUACAGCAUUGUCCCUAGCAAAGUCAUGUGUGAGGGGGCUGAGGUGUCCAAGUUCAAAACCAAGUCAUUCAUCCAAGCACUGCUGAAGAAAUCUGAUUUAGAAAAGGUAUGUAGAGACUUGAACAGGCUGCUUCGUGGUUCAAUAAGACUCAAAACACUCUUGUUAGGUUCAAUGACUGUUUAUUGAGGCUGUCAUCAAAGCUUAAAUACAUACUGUAUAUUCUGUUUCUCUCAUAGUUCCAGACUUGUCCGGUGCGUCACUGUAAGAAUGCCUUUGCCUGCAGCAUCACUCACCAGUCUGGCUGGCAGCUGGUCUUCUCUGGGGACACAAUGCCCUGCGAUGCCCUCGCACAUAUGGGUCAGUACCAACAGUUCUCGACCCCAAUUGUGAUGUUUGUACAGCUCCCAGAAUUUGUGUGAUGUGAAAAGAUUUACACACUCUGUGAACCACACUUGUGACGUCCGGAUCAAAUGGUAAAUACUCACAAAUGCCAUUUGAUUUGCCGUUACGUGCAUUCCACAGAACCAUGCUGGAAUUUUGGACCCAGAGUGUAUUCUAUAACUUCUACACAGUUGAUGGUGGUAUGAUAUACAUAUAGAUCAGUGUUAAUGGACUAGACAUCUACAGUAGCCAGUCUGAUCUGAACCUGUCAUCCAUGCUGUAUUCCGCACUAGCUGUCUGGCAUCAUUUACCAGAUAUUUCUUAAUGCUAUCGAUCGGUUCCAAAGUUCGCUAUGAAUCACAAGGUCUCCCACUUCAUUGACUCUUUUUAAAUUGUUCGACUUGAUAUGAUCCAGUUGAAGCCUCCCAGAGAGAGCCGGGGUAUAUCCCAUGCCUGUUCAUUAUAGAGGCCUGGGUGUGCCAGACAAACAGGGCUGGCUGAUGGUUUAUUACACAGAGCUGUGUGAUUGAUUUCCUCUGGGAGAGGAAGAGAGGCUGGAAGUGCUGCGCCAUGCAGCAGUUGUGUGAUUCAUGUUUGUCAUUGUGUUUUCAAAGGAAAGAAUGCAACUUUACUUAUUCAUGAAGCCACGUUGGAAGACGGAUUGGAGGACGAGGCUGUGGAGAAGAGACAUAGGUUAGUAGAUGGAUCUAGUACGGUGCUUCUCUUCAGAGGUGUUAUUCUAUUAGGAAACUAGCUUUCUUGGGCUGGAUUCAAUCCGUAUCGCGGAAGAUCUGCGUAAAAAAUGUAAAGGUAAUUUCCAAUUCAGCCGACAUAUGCAGCGUUUACCAUGAAUGCAGUCUCCGCGAACAUGGAGAUAUUGCCUUUAAAUUUCAAUCGAGAUAUAAUGCAUAUCUUCUGUGAAAUGGAUUGAAUCCAGCCCGAAGUGUGGAAAUAUGACAUGCAUUGAAGGAGGUAAACAGAAAUAGACAAGUGCCAUUUUUCAACUGACAAAGAAACUCAAUGAGCUCUUGAAAAGCCAGUCAUUUUUAGAGGGCAUUGUAACUGGCUGCAUUCUUCUCUGAGAUUGGCAUUGAUUUUUGGAACUCUGUAUUGGAGGCAAUGGGCGCUUCUGCCUUCUAGCUGGAAUUUCAGUGACUUUGGUUAAAGAGCUCCCUCUCGCAUUGAAAACGACUUGAAAUAAUGACUUUAGAGAAAGUCAUUGAGCUGAACUAUUGAACUGAACGAACUCUGUAUAGUUUACCAUGGGGUUAAGUCUGGUAAUCACUGUUAAAAUAGUAGCAGAGUAGUAUCAUGCUUCUCUGCUUGCCUCCCAAAAUGACAGUACCACCUCCCAGGCCAUCGGUAUUGGCAUGAAGAUGAAUGCCGAGUUCAUCAUGCUGAACCACUUCAGCCAGCGCUAUGCCAAGAUCCCCCUCUUCAGUGAGGACUUCAACGACAGAGUGGGGAUAUCUUUUGACCACAUGAGGGUAAGUGAGUGUUGAAUUAUGUACUUUAGUCCACUUGUUAUGCAUAGCAACAUUGAAAUGAUUAUGCAGGUUCUGUACAUCUGAAAUGUACUUUUCCACUGGAUAUGUGUAACCUCAGAGUGAAUUAGGACCAUUAUUCACUACAAUAUGAGCAGACCAGUGCCCCUAGUCCAGGUAGAAUACUCUCGGAUAAGAUGCCUCGGACAACUUCAAUUUAAAUCUAGAUGUACCAUUUUAAGGUAACAUUCAGAAUGUGUUAGACUCCCAUCAGAGAUACAUCUCCAGCUGCCUCAGAGGAGGCUGGGUAUUUUGAAAGACCCACUUUGAGUGAGUGAGGGACCGUUUUUAGGCAGCCCUGGUGAUCUCUCUUCCCCGUCUCUCCUCAGAUCCGGUUUGGAGACUUUAGAAUCCUCCCCAGACUUAUCCCGCCCCUCAAAGCCCUGUUUGCCGAGGAGAUCGGAGAGAUGGAGGAGAGGAGAGGGAGGAGGGAGCUUAAACAGAUGAAAGGAGUCAUUGCUGAAAGCAACGAAGAGCAGAGAACACCCAAUGCAGGCAAGACGGGAAAAGGUUCCAAACGAGAGCCAGAGGACCCAACACAGGACGUGGGAAGUAAGAGACUCAAAACAAACUAAGACCCUGACCAUAGCUUUGGGUUACACCAGAGAUUAGUGGAAAUCAAAUUACUGUUAUUUUACUGAAACAAAUCUGAGUUUGCUUUAUUUAAAUUAAUUACAUGACAAACUUGCAUGAGGGAUACACUGUAAAAUAAGAGUUUUUCAUUUGGCUGAACUGGCUGCCUUCAUCGCUUGUGAAUGAAGCAUAUCUAUUUUUCCCUGUCAUUACCAUUGCUUUGUGUAUAGCACAUGUAAUUAACAUGGUCUUUGAUUUUGCAUUUAAAAGUAAAGCAAUGUCAAUCAUGCUCCAUGGUAUUGGCCUGUUGUUUUCCAGCAACAAAUUGUGAAGAACAACUCAUACAAAGUUUCUCCUAUUAAACUACACCUUUAAAAGUUGCAUCCAAACAAAUUAAUUUAGUGAAGUUGUCACAUAUAGAUGAGUAGUAUUUUUUAUUUAUUUUUAUUUGUUUUAGGGGGUAGAUCAGCUUAAUAUUGCAUAUAGAUUGUAACUUCCAUCAA